AAGCGGAAAGAGGAGAGUGGCAGCAGUAACAUAUCCAUCUACCGGCUCAGGCCUCCCAUUGUCCCUGUCAUACAUGAAUCCGAGUAGUUUGUAGCCGCCGAGCCAGGUUGUGGUUGAGUGCGUCUGUGUUUCUAUUUCAAGUUUUGCACACUAUCGUCUCUUCGGGGGCGUCUCUACAAUAGCUCUGGCGGUGACCGACGCCGCCUCGCUGAACGCCAUCGUAGCGGCCAGGAGAUUUGGCGCGACUGCGCUGCUCGCACAUCAGCAUGCCGAGAGGCCCUCGUCGCCGCGAACCGUCACCAACGGCUUGGGAAUCGAGCCAUUCGAGACCCCACCAUCGGAGAAGAAGAAACCACUCAAGCUGGACACUCGAAAGUCCAAGGCAAACGAGAGGGGUACCGAGAUGGCUGGUUCGGAUGCGGUGCCGGCCAAGAGCAAGAGAGUUCGUACCGGGUGUCUGACUUGCAGAGAACGGCAUCUGAAGUGCGAUGAAGAAACACCCGACUGUAGGAACUGCCGAAAAAGCAACCGGGAGUGUAAACGUGGCAUUAGACUCAACUUCAUCGACCUGACAUGCAAGAAACCUCCAUAUAUACCACAGGCAGAUGAAUGGACAGUGGAGUUUCAAGAUGAAUCACGUUUAAUAGCUUCGGAGUAUCAGGGCGGUCUAGGAAGAUAUGCAAUGUUCGAUGUCCCGCUAGCGACACCGCCUCAAGAAGUCUAUCUCGAUACGUCCCUGCAGAAAGCUACCCAGCCUGCAACGGCGACAGAGUCGCAAACAACGACAGAACAUCGAGCCUCAAUCUUGACACGCCAAACCCAGGGUGCUUACUACGGCGAGCGCGGUCAGACACAUCCAGAACUUUACUUUGAUGCCGAAUUACAUUCGCGCAAAGAUAAUGGUGUUUCGUACGGACCCUCUGUAUCUGCGUCAAGUGGGACUGGGUAUGCAAAUCUCAUGUCUGAUGCUUAUCCGCAGGCCGAGGAUAUGGACACCCGAUAUCACGCUCACCAGCGUUAUAGGAGUAGCGACAUAUCUACGGAGCCAACUGUUGCUGGCGUGACUGAUGUUGGCCCCCCAUCAGCGAUACGGGGUGUUGGGCCAGGCAACCCAAAUAUCGGCGGCGAUCUCGAGAAUGGUAUGAUGACGCCACCCACUGACAAAUCAGGCGAACGUGAAUAUCUCAAUUCAUCUGAAGAAUUACACUUCAUGCAAGUUUUCGUCUCAGAGGUCGGCCUAUGGAUGGAUAGUCUUGACAACCAGAAACACUUUUCGCGUCUAAUCCCUUAUCACGCACUCAAGUGUCCCAUGCUUCUUAAUGCCCUUCUAGCUUGUGGUGUGAAGCACCUAACCCUGACCCAACAAUUCAGCGAUGAAAAAGCGCUCUUCUACUACGACACUGCGACGACGCAACUUCUAAGGAGCCUUCAAAACCCGGAGCGUAACACAGCAGAAUGCGCUACUACCGCGGUGGUUCUCAACGUGUACGAGAUCAUGAGUGAAAAACCGACCCAGCGGAUGAGCCAUAUAGCUGGGGCAAGGGCAUUGAUCCGAGAGUGUGGGUGGAACGCGAAAAGCAUCGGUCUUGGUGCUGCCUGCUUCUGGCUCAAUGUGGGCAUGGAACUUCUUUCGUGCCUCGCCUUUAACUGGCAGACAGCAUGGGACCCAGAAACGUGGGGUGUAAACAUGGACUUUAGCACAGAUAAGGAUACCGGCAAUGAGGAAGUCUGGGUUCAUCGCAUAUUCUACAUAGUCGCUAAGAUUGCCAAUUUCCGUGCCAGUAUCCCAAAGUUCCAGGAGCCGAGCCCGCAUGACGAGCAGCUCCGCGUCCAGGCACGUAUGGCCGAGUGGAAUCGUCUCAAAGGCAUGUGCGAAGAAUGGGACAACGCGGUUCCGAGGUCUAUGCACCCCUUUGGUUACGUCUAUCCUGCCCAACAGGUAGGGCCUACGAAAUCGCUGUUCCCUAAUAUCUGGCUUAUUAAAAGAGCUGCCGUAGUCGGCAGACUCUACUACCACAUGGCAUUGUGCAUCUUGGCCCAGGUCAAUCCAUCCGCAUCGAAGAACUCGGAGGACUCGCGCAUAACCCAGCAACACCAUGCUCACCAAGUCUGCGGUAUCGUGGCGCACAAUAAAGAUCGCGGCGUGGCUUCCGUCUCGAUCCGCUCGCUGGUCAUCGUGUCAGAGGUCCUAACCGACUAUGCCGAACAGCAGGAGGUGAUCUCACACCUCGAACGCAUCGACCGUGAGACUGGAUGGAAGCUCGCUGGCGCCAUCACGGGGCUCAAGAAAAACUGGGGCUGGGAGAAGAUGAGUCAACCUAGUCUCACGGCCCAGCUUCUCGUGCCGCCCGGAACUGCAAUGAGUAACAAGCACCAUGUGAUGGCUGGACAGGGUACCUCGACAAGCACCGCCGCCGCUGCACAACAGCAGAUGAUGCUGGCGCCCGUCAUCCAGGCCCCUGCCACGGCAGCCCCGCAGCAGAUGCAGCCGGUCGUCGCAACGUCUGCCUCGCGCCCCAUGCGCGUCAACCCGCUCAGCUUCGCCGAUUUCAGCCUGCCUAACCAUCCGUAUCAGAACUGGUACGAGCCUCCGAGCCGGUCGAAUUCGUACCAGUCGCAUGGCCUUCUCUGAAAUGUUGUCGUUAUCACCGUCUCGUACCUACUACUACUUUUUAGGAAUAUUCUGGUUCUGGUUCAAACUCCCCAC